CAGGGUGAUCAAUCUCCAUCAGUCUGCAUUUCCAAUCACUUAAAGCGGCGGGCGCAGGACAGAAACGCUCCCCACAAGGAUGCUGUGAAUUCACUCUGGGGCAAAAGAAGUUGAUGUAGGAUUAUAAUUUCGCUCCUUUUUAAAAACGUAUCGAAACGAUUUAUCAGUGGAUAAUUUUGGGGACCCCUGUCAAGCUUUUAGCAUGAUGUCAUACCUCAAACAGCCCCCUUAUGGAAUGAAUGGACUGGGGCUAACAGGACCUGGGAUGGAUCUACUGCAUCCUUCUGUGGGAUAUCCAGCCACCCCGCGGAAGCAGCGCAGGGAGCGGACCACCUUCACCCGGUCCCAGCUGGACGUGCUGGAGGCUCUGUUCGCCAAGACUCGGUACCCGGACAUCUUCAUGAGAGAAGAAGUGGCCCUAAAGAUCAACCUGCCGGAGUCUCGAGUUCAGGUCUGGUUUAAGAACCGCAGGGCUAAGUGCCGGCAGCAGCAGCAGCAGCAGACCAGUUCCAGCGGAGCCAAGAGCCGGCCGGCCAAGAAGAAGUGCAGCCCGGCCCGGGAGAGCUCCGGCUCGGAGAGCAGCGGCCAGUUCACCCCGCCGGCCGUGUCCAGCUCCUCCUCGUCCUCCUCCUCGUCCAGCUCCAACUCCUCCGGGAACCCCGGCCUGGGAGCCGGCCCUCUGAACGGCAGCACCCCCACGGCCUCCUCCAUCUGGAGCCCGGCCUCCAUCUCCCCUGGCACCGGCCCACCCGUGCCGGGAUCGGCCUCAGACCCCCUGGGCCCAGCCAGCGCCUCCUGCAUGCAGCGCUCUGGGUCCUCCUCCGCAGCCUCCUACCCCAUGUCCUACAGCCAGGCAGCCGGCUACACCCAGGGCUACCCUGCCCCCUCCUCCUCCUACUUCGGAGGGGUGGACUGCAGCUCCUACCUGGCCCCCAUGCACUCCCACCACCACCCCCACCAGCUCAGCCCCAUGACCCCUUCCUCCAUGUCCGGCCACCACCAUCACCACCACCACCUUAGCCAGACCUCCAGCCACCAUCACCACCACCAUCACCACCAGGGCUAUGCCAGCACAGGGCUGCCCUUCAACUCAUCUGACUGUCUGGACUACAAGGACCAAGCCACAGCCUCCUCUUGGAAACUCAACUUUAACUCCACUGAGUGCCUGGAUUACAAAGAUCAGGCUUCCUGGAGGUUCCAGGUCCUGUGAGCCAAAGAGGAACCCCCUUCUUCGGUUUUGUCCACAGCCUCCAUAAAUAAAUCUAUAUAUAUAUAUUUAAAAAAUGAGGAAGUCAACCCUAGUGGAACUACCUGAACAUAUUAAGAAGAGGACAAUUGUUCUGGACACAUAUUUUUGUUUAUAUAAUAAAAUUUUAAAAAAAUAAAAUAAAGACAUCUAAAUGAAAUAAAAUUAAAAUAAUUUGUGCCUGGACAAAAACAAGAAGGACCCUUGAAUGAACUGUGACUUUGCAGCUUUGUGAUAAUAUUUAUUCACUGUCUGGACCUGGGGAUUGGACUGUAAAAUCUGCAUUUAUUGUGCUGUCAGUGAUCCAUCUGAAACAAGACUACCCACCCCCCACUCCUCCUAAAAGAAAAGAC